AUGGAGCGCGGUCGUCCCGCCAGCAGCCCACGCAGCGCCGAGCCCUCCCCAUCGGCCGCCGCCGCCCGCGACUCGAGCCCGGGACGGACCGGCGCCGGGCAGACAGGCUCUGGCGGGGUCGUCGCGCGCUCCGGGGGUGGCCGACCUGCAGCCGCGAACGCCGCUCGGGAGCGCAGCCGCGUGCAGACCCUGCGGCAUGCCUUCCUGGAGCUGCAGCGCACACUGCCGUCGGUGCCGCCCGACACCAAGCUGUCCAAGUUGGACGUGCUGCUGCUGGCCACCACCUACAUCGCCCACCUCACCCGCAGCCUGCAGGACGACAACGAGGCGCCGGGAGACCCCAGACUGGGCGCCUUGCGAGGCGACGGCUACCUGCACCCAGUUAAGAAGUGGCCCAUGCGAUCGAGAUUGUACAUCGGCGCUACUGGUCAGUUUCUGAAGCAUUCUGACUCUGGAGAAAAGGCAAAUCAGAGCAACACGCCAACGGCCUCACAGCCGUAA